UUUUGUACCAGGCAAUCGUGAGGGGUACUAUAGAACCAGAACCAGUGUGCUUGAAAUGAUAGAAAAUUUCAGUUAAAUUAGUCACCUGCUUUGUUCAUGAUGGUAAGCCAUAGAAGAAAAGCCAACUGUACUAUAUUGUCUGCAAGUUGGUUGUUGUCUUCCAUCUUGUUCUCGUACAUACUCUUGUUGUUUUCCUGUCGUGUGGAUUAUUGCUAUGCCAUGGCCAGAGAUACUCUGAAGCAGGGCGAGUGGAUUACUGACAAUGGAACAACCCUUGUCUCUAGUGGAGAAACGUUUGAACUGGGAUUCUUUACUCCUAUCAGAAGCUCUAGCCACAAAAGGUUCGUUGGGAUUUGGUACAAACAGGAUCAACAAACAGUUGUGUGGGUUGCCAACAGAGACAGACCUGUACUCAACGGUUCCAUUGGAACUUUUGGAAUCGCAGAAGAUGGCAACCUCAAGAUAUCGGAUAUUAAUACUGGAAACGUUUAUUGGAGUGUAGGUGAUGAGAGUUUUGGGUCUACAAGACGAUCUGUGAAGCUCAUGGAUUCUGGAAACCUGGUCUUAAGGGAUGAUCAGUUUGCGACGAGUCUGUGGAAGAGCUUCCAAUAUCCAACGGAUACAUUUCUUUCAGGUAUGAAGAUGGAUCAAGAGCUGAUGUUGACUUCAUGGAUAGGUGACGGUGACCCAGGAAAUGGGAACUUCACGUUUAAGCAAUAUCAAGAUGAAGAGGGCCACUACGUUAUCUCAAAAAAGACGGGCGAUUAUUGGAGAAGUUGGAUGUCAGGCAACUUCUUGAGCUCAGAUGAAAUGCCCUAUGCCAUAGCCAACUUGUUAUCAAAUUUCAGCAAGAGCGUGCCUCAGCAAAAAAGAUCAGCACAAUUGCAGCUGGAUUUUAAUUACACAGGGUUAGUGAUGAAUUAUAGUUACACAAGAUUAGUGAUGAAUUAUAAUGGGGAAUUACAGUAUCUGAACUGGGAUGUUGGCAUGGGAAAUUGGGAUUUGAUAUGGUGGAAGCCGAAAGACGAAUGUAGCAUUUACAAUGUUUGUGGGAAAUUCGGCAGCUGCAAUAUUAACAAUAGGCCAUUCGUAUGCAAGUGUUUGCCAGGGUUCCAGCCUACUAACCAGACGCAUUGGGAUUCUAGAGAUUUUUUGGAUGGGUGCAUCAGAAGUUCGACCUCAUCUGACAACAACGACAUGUUCUUGAUCUUAAAGAUGAUGAAAGCGAGCAACCCAGACUCCGAUUUCAAGGUAAAAAACGAGACAGAGUGCAGAAAUGAGUGCCUUGGCAACAGCCAGUGCCAGGCUUAUUCAUAUGAGGUAGCUCAAAACAGCAGCGUAAGAAGUGAGACUACUGCUGGGACCGACACCUGCUGGAUUUGGAAUUCGGAUUUAAAAAAUCUUCAAGAGGAGUAUACAAAUGGUGGUCGUGACCUCUCUGUCCGCGUGGCAAAAUCUGUUAUAGAAUCAACAGUUAGGAAUUGUGACCCUUGUGGUACAAACCCGAUCCCCUAUCCACUGAGCACUGGACCAAAUUGUGGUGACCCCAUGUACUUCUAUUUUUACUGCGACAAUUCCACAGGCCAGGUUAGCUUCAAGACACCCAGUGGCACCUUUCGAGUUGUGAGUAUUGAUCCAAGUACACGAAAAUUUGUCAUCCAAGUAAAAAAUGCAAGAUAUGAUAUAAAUUCAAAAGAAAUUCUGCAGCUCAAUGAGUCAUUGCCGUUUAAUAAGACCAAUGAUUCUGGCAACUAUAAUUUUGAAGUUAAAGAUGAAGAAAAGAUUAGUUGGGAGCCCCCAAAAGAGCCAACUUGUACUUUAUCCACAGGUUGCAAGGACUGGCCAAAUUCAACUUGCAAAGUAGCAAGAGAUGGACAGAGCAGAUGCCUUUGCACUGAAAACUACCUAUGGAAUGGCUCAAAUAUAAAUUGUACUAAAGAAGGUCAUCUUCCUCCGUCGUUAGAAGAGCCUUCAAAAAGAAAGAAGGCCGGGUUGCCUCUGAGUGUUGUGGUAUCUCUUAUAAGCGUGUUUGGUCUCACAUGUACCAUUAGUACUUGUGUAUUUGUAUGGAGAAAAAUGAUGGCCAAGAAAGAAGAAAACAGAAGAAGGGAGGAAAGAAAUCGAGUACUUCGCCCAUUAGACCAUGAAAGACAUCUCAAAGACUUGAUGGGCUCGAGUGAGUUCAAAGAAGAUGAAAAAGACAUAGAUGUACCAUUUUUUGAUUUGGAAAGCAUUCUAUUAGCUACAAAUAGAUUCUCUGAUGCCAACAAGCUCGGACAAGGGGGAUAUGGGCCUGUAUACAAGGGCAUAUUUCCAGGAGGUCAAGAAAUUGCGGUAAAGAGACUCUCAAGUGUCUCAGGACAAGGCUUACAGGAAUUUAAAAAUGAGGUGGUGUUGAUUGCAAAACUUCAACAUAGAAAUCUUGUUAGACUUCUGGGAUAUUGCAUAAAAGGGGAUGAAAAGAUUUUACUCUAUGAGUACAUGCCCAACAAAAGCUUAGACUCGUUUAUAUUUGAUCAAAAGCUAAGCAUGUGUUUGGAUUGGGAAAUGCGCAUCAACAUCAUUUCGGGAAUAGCUCGUGGGCUUGUUUAUCUUCACCACGACUCCAGAUUGAGGAUCAUCCAUAGAGAUCUGAAAACUAGCAAUAUUCUUUUAGACGAGGAAAUGAACCCCAAAAUUUCUGACUUUGGCUUGGCAAGGAUUGUUGGAGGCAAAGAAACCGGGGCAAAUACAACCAGAGUAGUUGGAACUUAUGGCUAUAUGUCUCCGGAGUAUGUAAUAGAUGGACUUUUCUCAGUUAAAUCCGACGUUUUUAGUUUUGGUGUAGUUCUACUUGAGAUUAUAAGUGGAAAAAAGAAUACAGGAUUUUAUCAAUCAGAACUAGCCAGAAGCCUUAUAGGUUAUGCGUGGAGAUUGUGGGGAGAAAACAAGGUGUUGGAUUUAGUGGACCCGGCUCUACAUGAAGUUUGCAAUGCAAAUGAGUUUGUAAAGUGUGUAAAUAUUGGACUCUUAUGCGUACAAGAAGACCCAAAUGACCGUCCCACCAUAUCAAAUGUUAUUGCUAUGCUUGACAAUGAAGCUGCAACAAUUCCAACUCCAAAACACCCUGCAUUUGUUCCAUGGAGAGGCCUUUCUAGCCAAGCUACUUCUUCCAGUAAACCAGACACAUAUACGGAAUCAACUAGUAGUUUAUGAGGAAGAUGACAAUGGAUCAUACCAAUGCAAGUUCUUGUGAGUCUUUUAUGUUCAAGCUUACUGUAUAAUUUUUUUUUUUUUUUUUAAGUAGAAGUUUAUAGUAAAAAUAAAUCUGGAAUCUAUGAGAGGAGCUUGCACAUCCAUGGGAUAAGAUUUGUUUUCUAGUCAAGGAGACUGCACAUCCAUUUUUCAGUAAUGUCAAUGAAAUUGACACCGAGAAA